AUGAUAAAUGCAACAGCAACUCAAGGACUGAGGAACCAAACAGAUCUCACAGAAUUUAUCCUCUUGGGAAUCAAUGAUGUGCCUGAAUUACAGAUAUUCUUCUUUUCGGUCUUUCUCCUAAUCUACACAGUGACAAUAUCUGGAAACCUUCUCAUAGUGGUCCUUAUUGCAUGUGAUCAGCAUCUUCACACCCCCAUGUACUUCUUCCUGGGGAAUCUUUCAUGUCUAGAAACCUUCUACAGCACAACUAUUCUACCGAGGAUGAUCACAGCCUUCUUAACAGGAGACAGAACCAUUCCUAUUUGGGGCUGCUUUUUACAAUAUUAUUUCUUUGGAUCCCUCGUGGGUUCAGAAUGUUAUCUGCUGGCUGCCAUGUCUUAUGAUCGCUUUUUAGCAAUUUGCAAGCCACUUCAUUAUUCAGUCUUAAUGAAUAAUACACUUUGUGUACAGCUUAUUAUGACCUCAUGUUUCAGCUGUUUUCUGCUUAACUCCAUAACAACAUAUCUGAUGUCUCGGUUAUCAUUCUGUGGUCCUCAUACACUUGACCAUUUCUUUUGUGAUUUCACCCCAGUGAUAAUGCUUGCCUGUGAGGACACUCGUAGGAUGGAAUUGAUGGCUUUCAGCCUCUCUUCCUUGAUAGCUCUUGUUCCAUUUCUUUUGACCCUGAUUUCUUACAGUUUUAUCAUCUCCACUAUUCUACGAAUACCCUCGACCACAGGGAGACAAAAAGCCUUUUCCACUUGCUCCUCCCACCUUACUGUAGUUACAGUUUUCUAUGGGACCCUUGUGAUUGUCUACAUGAUUCCCAAAAAUGACACACUGAAAGAGCUCAACAAAGUUUUCUCUGUCUUUUACACUGUUUUAACUCCCAUUGUCAAUCCCAUUGUUUACUGUUUGAGAAACAGAGACGUAAAGGAGGCUUUGAAUAAGCUUACCAGUCAAUUGUGUAAUUUUUUCAGGGACGCAUGGAUCCUGUCAUAG